GGACUUCAAGUUCUGACAAGUCAAAUACAGUACAACCGAGCGCUUAAAUCCCACACGCUCUUUCUCUCUUCUCUCUGUCUCUUUUCCUUUGUCACGAGUUUCUCGAUUCGAGUAGCAGUUAAAGGUUCCUUUUGUGCUUUCGAAAACUUAAAAAAGGUGCCGUACAUAAGCUUCUGAUUGUUUCGAUAGAGGGAUGACGGCGAUAGAAACCGACCAAAAGUCGCCGUCCGAUGGCAAAGUUUGGGGGUUUUUCAAGCUGCCUUUCAGACAAACCGGGAACGGUAACAGUACGACAUCGUCUUCUGUUUCCUCGGCUUCGAAUCUGCAUACUCAAAGUCGACCUCAUGUCGAAGGAUCCAAUCAUCACGGCUCCGCUAACUCCGUUUCCUCCGUCGCCAAGUCGUUUUUAGCGACUCGUCGCCGGCUCAAGCUUGAUCCGGCUAAUAAGCUCUACUUUCCAUAUGAACCUGGCAAACAAGUUAGGAGCGCGGUGAGGAUAAAAAACACGAGCAAGUCAUACACGGCUUUCAAGUUUCAAACCACCGCUCCGAAGAGUUGUUUCAUGCGCCCACCGGGCACUAUUCUUGCCCCGGGCGAGAGCAUCAUUGCAGCGGUCUUUAAGUUUGUGGAGCAACCGGAGAAUAAUGAAAAGCCAAUGGAGCAUAAGAGCAGGGUUAAGUUCAAAAUCAUGAGUCUCAAGGUGAAGGGUCCGAUGAACUAUGUUCCCGAGCUGUUUGAUGAGCAAAAGGAUCAAGUUGCAAUAGAGCAAAUAUUACGGGUUGUUUUUCUAGAUCCGAAGCGCCCUUGCCCUGCUCUGGAAAAAUCGAAGCGCCAAUUAGUUGAUGCUGAUGCCGCAGUUGAGGCACGCAAAAAGCCUCCGGAGGAUGCUGGUCCGAAACUCCUCGGUGAAGGACUUGUGAUAGAUGAAUGGAAAGAGCGAAGGGAAAGAUACCUUGCUCGACAGCAGGUUGACGGAGUAGACUCAGCUUAAAGCAGCAAUUCUCGGUCAGUUGCCUCGUCAUAUGUUUGAAGUUUUAUAUAAUCAUCUCGAAUCAUUUCAUGUAACGAAAAGGGUGUUGUCUUGGAAGAAUGAUGAGAAAAUUUCAAAAUCUUUUGUUGUAAAAAAAAGAGAGAAAAAGAAAAGUGAAGCUACACUUUCUGUACUUGGAGACUUGAAGCUGAAAACUCAAAACUCAGCUAGUUGUUACUAUCUGCAUUGUAGAUAAUGUGAUUUUGUCGCCGCCCUAAGGGGA